AAGGAGUGUGGGCAGAGUGUGGGCAGCCGGGCUCUUGUUUUCUUCACCCUCCUGAGCCUCGGCAUAAACCCACCACAGGGAAACCCACACGGGCAGAGCUGGAACGCCCCAGGAAACUGAGUCAAAAAGCUGACGCCUUUUUUCUGUUUGGUCUUUUGGCAUCAGCUAUUGCUGCUGCUGCUGCUGCUGUUGCUGUUUUGACCAGGAACAUCGUGGAAGCUCCUGAGCUCCUGAGGGUUGCUUUUUGAAAAAGUAGCUCCCUCGGUUGGAGGUUCUUCGCUCUGGGAGGUUAAAGAUUGUCGCCCCGCUAGAUUUAGGGAGGAAGGACAUCACGUUUUUUCCUUGAUUGCCUUCUCAUCAAAAUAGACGGCUAGCAACAUUUGCAAGAGACGCUGUUCAGCAGCCUCGAUCUGUAAGGACAAACCCUCCAGAUUUUAUCUAAACUAUGGCUUUCAUACGAUGGUGGGAGUUUUAACGUUCCUGGUAUUAAGCUUUAUCGGCGGGAAAUGCCUUCUGUUGCAAAGAUGACCUCAUAAAGACCAUCAAGCAGAAGUCAGGGGAAAAGCCGCAGAUUGGAAGCUGUCGAGGAGAUGUUGAAAAUCUGUCCUCAAAAGAAAUAGCAGCAACAGAAGAAGAAGAAAAAAAAUCUCAGUGGCAUCGUACUGGAACGGAGCGCUCCUCAGGAAACUUCUUUGACUCAGUGAAUUGUGGAAGCGGUGAAGCAGGACGUUUCGAUUUUUGGGGGGGAGAGAAAUGCCACAAGUCACCUUGGCAAGGUGAUUUUUAUUAUUAUUAUUUUCUAUUUCCUGAGAAGCCUUCCUAGGAGUAGUGUUUAGAACCUCCCCUUGAGACAGAGGACAUGUUGGAUUCGGUCAAAUGCGUUUUGGUAGGCGACGCCGCCGUGGGGAAGACCGCGUUGCUGCUCCGCUUUAUUUCGGAGACUUUUCCGGAUGCUUACAGGCCGACCGUCUAUGAAAACACCGGCGUGGAUGUCUUCAUGGAUGGCACCCAGAUCAGCUUAGGCCUUUGGGAUACCGCUGGCAGCGAUUCCUUCAAGAGCAUCCGCCCUCUGUCCUAUCAACAAGCCGACGUGGUGUUGAUGUGCUAUUCGGUGGCCAAUCACAGCUCGUUCCUCAGCUUAAGGAACAAGUGGGUGAUGGAGGUCAGGACCCACUUGCCCCGAAUCCCCAUUUUGGUGGUGGCUACCCAGACCGACCAAAGGGACGCGGGUCCUCACAGCGCAAACUGUGUCAGCCUGGUGCAGGGCAAGCAACUGGCGAAGGACAUCCGGGCGAAGGGUUACGUGGAGUGCUCCUCCCUGGCCAAUCGGGGAGUUCAAAAAGUGUUCGAACGUGCGGUCCGGACGGCGGUGAACCAAGCCAAAAAACGCUCGAGGAGGAACAUUUUUUCGGUGAACGAAUGCAAAGUUUUUUGAAACUGGACUAAACACGGCAUCGUUUUCUGCCUUCACCUGACCGAAUGGUUUUGUAGCGGAGUAAAUGCGAGCCUCCCCUCCUGUGGGCAUUAGGAUGAGGCCGUUCAGCGCUGGCAUCUGGAUCUUUCAAAGCAAAGAGAAGCAAGGCUGCAAUGGGAUUUCCAGUGGCGUACAUUGGAGAGCAUGAGUAGCAAGCCAGCGCCUCGUUUCUUAUUAGGAUGGAAAUGUUAGUUUAUUUACUACUACAAGUUCUGUUGGAUUCAUAAAAGGGGUCGCUUUCUACACCUGAGAUAAUGGAUGGAUAAUUUAUAUGGCUGACUUAAUAGAAGCUUGGGAGCUGAAUAGGUCAGGAAUAUGUGAAAUAAAUAAAGUCAAUUAAAUGUCUUUUUCUUCUAAUGUAUUGUAGAGAUUGUUGUCUACUUACAAUUUUGAACGUUCUGUUACUGAUAUCAAUCUUUUCUUACUUUUAUAUGUCAAGAGAUCAGAUUUCCUGGUGGGUUAAAAAAAGAGAUCCUACCAACUAAUUUUAACCUGGUUUAAUUUGUACUUUAUAGCAGUGGUAGUCAACCUGGUCCCUACCACCCACUAGUGGGUGUUCCAGCUUUCAUGGUGGGCGGUAGGGAUUUUGUCCGAUACUGAAGCACUUUCCUUUUUUUAAAUUUAGUUGACUUUUAAAAAAAAAUUUCAUAGCAUUAUUUAAAAACAUUUUCAUUAGGUUUUCAUAAAAUUCCCCGUGACAAUUUAAAUUUCUGAAAAUAUACUAUUUGUAUCGCCCACGCAUAAGUUUAGUUCACGUUACGUAAGUGAAACUAAAUGGCGCUAUAGUGCGA